GGUUCGACAGUUUGCGUUUUUUAUCGCAUUUUGCCAUUUACCAAUAACCUAAUAUGGCAGAGAUACUCCUCAAAAAGGACAAACAAAUCUUCACAGAAUUCCAUUUGAGUAGCUCGAGUCUGACUUGUUGUUUUUUAUUAACUGAUCAUAAAUGGCUAUUACGAUUGAUAACCUGUAGCCAGGUUUCAGCCACGCGUGGAGAUCAUAACCGUAAAAAGUGGAAAAACUGAUUACUAACGAUAGCAGUUGAAGUUACACACUUCGCCAUAUGUUCAAAAAUGAUUUGCUAAUAAUCAUUCGGACACCUAUAGCCAACAGGACGUCUGAUUCUAUCAGCGAGCUUAAUCUUAUACGAGCGAAAUCGAGAGACGUCAGCACAUGAAACAGAAUUAGAUGGGUUUAAUCUUGAAGUGCAAGGCGAUCAAGGAAAAGACCAGGCACUUGAGAUCCUGCACCAGAUAAUAGAAGCAGCGCAGUCCUUCGGGAUCGGUGCUGUUAUUGACGUCCAUCAGGGACCCGAUCUUACUGGUGGUGAAGGAAAUAUGCUCCGAGCCCAUGAGAAUCUCCAGCUCCUGACGACCCACACGAUCGGGAACAGGCCACUUCUGAUCGUUCUCCCGCAAGAUUUCGCUCUCGGAGAUGAUGCGGCGCACCUCGUCCAUCACGGCGGGAUGCACCACUACUUCCUUGCGGAUCAUCGUGUCGUUCUUGUAGUUGGAGUUGUUGGCAUACCGUAAGCGUCCAUCAGGACGAAACUCGAACUCUAGGAACUCAUGCCCAAAUUUUCCUUUGUGACCCACAUAAUAACGCACAUACAAGUUGUCCAUUUUGCUGCAAACACCAGUUUUUCAAUCUACUUAAUGACAGUAGAUCUUUCCAAAUUAUCAAAAAAUAUUUUUUCCGGUAUAGCACUAAGUCUUAUUAAUUUAUACACAUAAAGAAAAUAAGUUGUGAACCAGUAAAGCUGAGUAAACGGUUAAAAAUUUAACAAUGGCGACUAAUAUUUCACAGCCUAUGGGCCAAGUCGCAGUUCGCAGGUACGCCAGUAACGCCACCACAGCGUACUGCGUUUAACAGGCAUCUGUUUAACCGAGUACGGAUGAUGAUAUGAUCCGAUGGGCCUGCAGAGGUUGAGAUGCCACAUACCAAACUGCCGCCCGCGGCAAAAUUCAAGAUGCGCGGCUAGUCAAAUCGAGAUCCACCCUUCCAGCGAUUGUCACCUUCGAAUAACUUCGGCUAUGACUUCGUGAACCAUCGGAACCACUUUCUGAUGUCCGACUCCAGUAUCGGCACCACUUUCCAAUAUGUUGCGGGCGCGAAUAAAAGGAAAAGCGAGACACCACUGAUGCGAUGGUUUACAAUUUACACGUUAUACAACUCUUCAAACAUUUCCAAUGCAUUUGUAACUAGUUCGAGCGGAGCAUGCAUCGGGGAUGCCAUUGAUCUGUACAUACAAAUCAAGUGCGGGUUUCAUCCUGCUUAGCUAUUUGUUGCAACUUCGGCAAUAAUUAAUUUUGUGAGCGUUGUUUGGACUGGAAUACUGUAGAGUGCAGUCUACAGAGCGAAAGCAGAGUUGCAUGCGAGCUGGACCCGGAAGCGAGAGUGGAAGACAUCAACUGAGGAUUAAAUACGCGCACAAUGGACAGCACAACGAUAGCGGCAUUGGACUGGGGCUGGCAGGGAAAAGGCUUAACCUUCAAACUGACCGACAAGACCAAGUACGUCAUCGAACACCAGGCUGUGCCGGGCGAUGUGAUAUUUCGCGUGGGCAAGACGGGCGAGGAAGAGGACAUUCCUGCACAUAAAUCGAUCAUAUCCAUGGGUUCGGCUCCCUUCUACGCCAUGUUCUACGGCCCAGCAGCCGAUAAAUCGGAAGACUGCAUUCGAAUUCCCGAUCUCGACGCAGCGGCAUUUAACAACCUUAUCCGCUUUUUGUAUACGGAGUGCACGGAUCGUGUAACGUGGGAGAAUGUCAUGGGAACGUUGGCCUGCGCAAAAAAGUAUGGCGUGCCGGCACUGAUGACCGCCUGCCGCUAUUUCGCCCAAGAGAAUAUUUCUCCAUACAAUGCCUGUUAUUUCCUGGUCCAGGCUCGAGGUCUGGAUGAAAACGACCUUAUUGUCAUUGCGCUGGCGAUAAUUGAUCGGCAAACGCGAGAAGUUUUUGCAGCAGAGAGUUUUACCGACAUUGAUCAUGAUUUGCUUUGCGAGAUUAUUUCCAGGGAUACACUGACCAUCAACGAACUGGAUCUCUAUCAUGCUGUUCACCGAUGGGCUGUGGAAGAGUGCAAACUGCACGGUGAAGUGACGGCUGACCGGAAACGCGAAGUACUGGGUCGCGGCAUCGGUCUGGUUCGUUUUCCGUUGUUAACGACAACCGAGAUCGCUGAUGGACCUGCGCAGGACGGUAUCCUGACGAUAAUCGAAGAAAACAACCUGUACCGGCAUUUCCUGGCCAGCCAGAAGCCUCCAUUGCCCUACACAAUGGCCCCUCGUCUUCCCCGUCCCCAUCUCCUCACUGUUAAACUGAACCUUUGGCGCGGCAUCAACAAACCCAACGAAACCGAUGAAGACACCCUGGGCCGCAUUGUCAUCGUCUUCCGCACCGACAUUGCCCCGCACGCCUGCCGCGUCAUCCAGGACAUCUGUUCCAAGAGCCGCGAUACCAUCCGCGUGCACUGGGGCCCGGCGCCCUCCGUUAACGAACUGGAAUUUGACGGAAACUACGAGAGUGUGCGACCGCAUCCGGCCAUUCCCAUUGAGAACUUCGUCUUGAAGCACGCCUAUGCCGGCAUCGUUUCACUGGAGUCGACCAGUUCCACGGGCGAUGGGAAGGUGGAUCCCACGCGUUGGUGGAUCUGUAAGGGACCGGAGCCGGAAAAGGAUGGACGGAAUAUGGUUGUGGGGAAGGUCACGGAGGGCCUGGAAAUCCUGGAUGUAGCGCAGGCGUGGAUUUCGCGACCGGACGACGAUGGGGUGUCCAUUUGGAUUGAAAGUAUUGUUGUGGUGGAUGAUGAGGAGGAGGAUACGGAGGACGAGGAAGAUGUGCCGGAUGAGCGUAGCGAUCAUUAGUCCAGACAUAUAUCCAGCGGCACAAAUAAAUCAAAAUUAAUAAUCUUUCAUCAGCAAUAUGCCUUUCAUUUCGGUCAGUAUACUAUUUUCCAUCUCCCAUUACUUUUUUUAACAUAAAGAGCAAGCAGAGUUCCAAAUUUUCAUUAAAUCCUUUCUGCAGAGUGAUACUGUACUUAAUCAAGUAUAACUGCACAAGAUUUUUAAUCCGUUGGCUGAGCUCCGAAUUUGUGAGUUGUGUUGUGCUCCAAGUAAAAUGUACAAAACGAUUUUACACCCGUCGUGCAAAACUAGUUAAAAUCACUUCCAAACAAAUCAAAAUUUGCGCUUAGGUCAAACCCUUUCGGAGAUCCAUAUUGCUG